AUGUGUGCCACGGUCGAAGACAUCUUCAUGGUGAUGGUUUUCAUCGAAGGUGGUGGCUUCUUGGUCGGCGACAAGUACCAGCAGGGCAUCUACGAUGCGCGGAAGUUGGCACAGAAGCAGAACAUUAUCGUCGUCAGCGUGAACUAUAGGCUGGGUGUGUUCGGCUGGUUGCAUCACCCGUACCUGAAGAACGAGGCGGGUGAGCUGCUGGCCAACUUCGGUCUGCGCGAUCAGCUCCAGGCCCUGCAGUGGGUGCAGACGAAUAUCGCUGCCUUCGGUGGCGACCCGAGCCGCGUCACGCUUGCCGGGGAAUCUGCCGGAGCCAUGUCGAUCUGUGCACAUCUGGCCUCUCCAACGAGUCGGGGCUUCUUCCAGAGCGCCGUGCUUGAGUCAGGGAACUGCGACGGGCUCUUCAUUUGGCAGCCGAGGAAGUAUGCCGAGGACUACGGCCUUCGCUACAUCCGCGGGGUCUUUGGCCGUAUUCGGGGCUGCUAUUUGAGCGAUCUUUCUCACAACACGACCUACCAGGCGAGCCAGAACGGCUGCUCGAAGGAGGAUACAGCCCCCGUGAAGAUGGUGAGGGACCAGUGUCGGAACCUAUUCUUCGGAGGCUACGAGGAAGUUACCAUCCGAGCCAUGGCAGAAAUUCUUCCCUUCGAGAAUGUCGGAGGUUGCGAUACGGACUACCGCGGCUGCAAAGUCGAUCUACCUUCCGGACUGCAGCUGGACCAGGCACUCCUGCGGUGCGCCGAGCGCUUGCCCACGAAGUAUGUCUGGGUGAACCAGUUCGCCUUAAUCCACCAUUAUACACGAUCCGACAGCAGCUACAUCUCGCAGUUCAUGGGCAUGGGCUGGUUUGGGGCCCCGCCACCGCCCCACUUGCCCUGGGCUCCCAUCGUCGACCUCGACUUUCAAGGGGAGCUGGACUUUGCUGCGGGAUCGGGGCUGGCGUCCCUGCCUCUGCAUUCCUACGAAGGCAUGAACUCGAAGCUGCAGAUGAGGACCAUCACCUCUGGGUUCAACCGCGAUGAAGGGAGCCUCUUCUACUUGCUCUUGCCGAACUUCUUCUCUGGCAUUGAGACCAAAAACGGCCUCUCCGAUGCUGACUAUCGGAAGCUGCUGAAGUCCAUGGCGUGUCCAGAUUGGGGGCCGGCCUGCACAAAGCCUGGAUGCGUUGAGCCGGCCGAGUGCCAGGAGCGCGUGGACACCGCAGUGAAGGCCUACCAGUGGGAGCCCUCGGUCUCUGCGCUGCGGGGCCGCUGCUGCUCCACGGACCCGAACAUUCUUCGCGUCCAGCGCAUGCUCACUGACAUGUUGUUUGUGUGUCCAAACUUCCGAUUCCUGCAGCAGAUGCACAAUCAUUCCGAUGCGACAAUUCGGACUUACCAGUUUGCCGCUGAUGACGAAGUUCCUGCCUGGUUGCCGCCCUUGAGAUCCUCGCUGGGUGCCUUCCACUUCUCCGAGCUCUUUUUCGUCAUGGGCGACAAGGAGGGACCUGGCGGGAACCUUCCCCUAUCAGGCGGCGCCCUCGGCUUCGGUUUGGGUUGGACGAAACAGGACGUCAAGAUCUCCGCCAACAUGUCCGGCAGUUGGGGCGCUCUGGUGCGUGGGGAGGAGUUGCCCUCCUGGCCAACGUGGGACAGCGGUCAAAUGACUCGCUUCGCCCUUGGCGUCCCCGACAAUGUGGACAUCAUGCCCAUGGAGAGCAUGAGAGCGGACCACCACUGCGACUUCUUCGAUGCUCUGAACCGCGGAGCAUGGAAAGAUGAGUCCAUAAAAUAUACUCUGGGCAUCGCGACUACUUUCGAGCUCUGCCUCAUCGCAGGCAAUGCCACACAGAACUGGUACUUGCAGGCCGCGAAGUCGGUGCAGCCCGCCGCAUGUCGACUCAGGCAGGCCUAUCGCACAGAAAAGGAACCGCUCGUGGAUGCGGGCGUGCCACGCCGGAGGAAGCUUUUCGCUACACCGACCUCGAAGCGCUUCUCUACGGCCUGCCGGAAGAUUCCAGCCAACCACCAGAGGUGGGACAUUGCGUAUCGGCUGGUUUUCGUGGAUGGCGAGUUGCAGUCAGGCCUCUGCCGCCUUCCGAACGGUGAGGGAGCCUUCCUUGGAGGCUUUGAGGCCCUGAACGGAUCGGGCGAGGAGACGAAGGGCCGGUUUGACAGCUUGCUGCAGCAGUUGCCAGAAGUUGACCUUUUCGAAGCCAACCCGAAAGACAGGCUCGGCUGUGCCAAGCUUGCGGCGCUGAAUCAGGCCGUCUUCAAGGAUGCUGCCUGUGUAGCCUUGCACGAGGAUGCGCCGGAGACGCGCAUGGACAUCGUCUUCGCGACGACUGGAGCACGCGCGACAGCUCCAAGGGUGGUGCUGGACGUCGGUGCAGGAUCAAAGCUCAAGGUCUUGGAGACACACCUGAGCCUGUCUGAGUCGGAUGAAGCGUUAUCCAAUGGUCUCUGCCGCGUUGUCGCGGGCGAGGGAGCUGAGGUGCACCACGAGGUGAUCCAGCAGAAAGCGGAUGGAGCUCGAUGGGUGCAGUCCGUCAUGGCAGAGGACCCGUUUGUGGGUUCGACGCCUUCCUCUCCGGACACCGCGGAGGACAAUUGCCGGGCGAUGAGGUGCUGUCAAUGGGACUGGCUUUCCACGGCAUGGAAGGCCAAGAAGAAAGAGGCAGCCAAAAAGGCUGCGAGGAUUGAGAGAAAAAGAGAGGAGAAGUUGGCUUACCUCGCUAUCCUCCAGGAGCAGGGCAUUGUCCUGGUGAACCACAUUACCCGUGGCCGUGAUGGCAGCCUGGCCAGCUUUAUCUUCAGCCAGCCUGCCUUUCUCAGGAGUGUCCAGUCGUGCCUUGCAGUGGAGCAGCUGCCAGUGAUGGUCGUCGAAGGUUCCCCGGGCAUUGGUCGAACCGCAUUGCUGGAGGAGACCUUCCGGCGUUGCGCCGCUCUUCCGGGGAUCUGUCCCGUGCGCGGUAGGCAUAAUGUAUCUGCGCUGCUGCGACGAAUCUACGAUGGAAUAGAUGAGGCGACGGAUGAAGAGCUCCUGUUGAUGCCUGUGAUCCACAAUGCGGGAAGGCAGGCCGGCAUCGUGUUGCUCCUGGAUGAUAUGGAGGUGGGCCCGUGGCUGCCCUCCCCGCUUCCGCCGGGCGUUAGAUGCAUCAUCGCUCCGCCAUGCGGCUCUUCGCCGAUGCUACCUGCCAAAGCCACAUUAUGCCUGGAACCACUAGGAGCACGCGCCGCGGAGGCCCUUCGACAGCGCUGGCACUGCACAGCGCCGGGGCCUGCAAUUCCGCUCUGGCUGCGUUUGGCCGCAGAACUACCAAGCAGGCAGCUUCCUGCCGACCUCACCGCCCUCGUAGACAAAAUGGUCUCGGUGGUGGAGGAGGAGCUUGGAUCGAGCCAGGUUCUCGAAGCCCUCAGCGCGGUGUCCUGCAGCCGAAGGGGUCUGCUGCGCGAGGAGCUUGCAGAAUUGCUGGGACCGAAUGGCUCCUGGCCCAUUGUCGAGGAGCGCCUUUCACUUCUUCUCGUCUUUGAGGAAGGUGUACAGCUGAAGUCGCUUCUCCAGGAAGCCCUCGAUCGACGGGGCCUGGCCCCCGCAGCGCAGCGAUGGCACCGGAGGCUCGCCAGCUUCUUCCUGCGAGCCUCAUCUCCGGAGAGGCGUAUCGAGGCAGCUCACCACUUUGCCGCGCUGGGCGAUGGCGAGCGAUUGCUGGAGUCCAUGACGGACUGGUCCCUCUUUUCGAUCUUGGAGAAAGAUCACCGAUCGGCAUUGCUGGAGUACUGCCACAAAGCCGGAGGAUACCAGACCGUCCGGCGUGCCCUGUGCAAGAUGCUUGACGAGCCGAACUGCGAGAAUCUGCAAGAACGCCGAGUUGUCCUCGGCAGGUUUCUGAGCCACGUGGGUGAGUUCGCUGCAGCCAAAAGGAUCUUGCUGCAAGCGAGGGCCGAAGCGACCUCCGCAGAGCGGACGCUGGAGAUCGGACAGGUCUGCAAUUUAAUCGCCGAAAAUGAAAUUCGCUACUGGGACUCCCUUCGCAACUGGAGUUCCAUGUCUGCUCUUCGGGAUCUGCUCGACUCCGCACAAACGGCUGUCAACAUCUUCCGGAAGCAGCUUGAGAAGCGCGACCGAAUGAGUACCCGAGUUGAGUAUGCCCAGGCGCUUAGCCGAUGGGCCAACGCUUGCUUCAAGGUCUCCUGCGUGAUCAACAUGGUCAUGGCCUACAGUUUCCUAAGCAAAGCUGACGAGUCCAUCCAAAUAGUGGAGGACCUUUUCAAGGGCUGUCCGCCUUCGAAAGUGGUGGGGAGAGCGAUCCUAGUCAGAGGCGUGGCCAAGCUCGUGCUUGGACACAGUCGUCAGCGCCACCGGCUUCCCCAUCGGGACAUCCUCGUAGAGGCCGCGGAGCUACUCCAGCGCGCGGAGGACAUGCUCGUGCGGGCUGCUGGCGAGGUCAACGAAGGGUCCAUCUACACGCACGCCAACCUCGGUGAGCUCUACUUGCACGACAUGGGCCAUGUUCCUCUGGCACUGCUGCACAACACGAAGAGCUGUCUCGUUGGCCUCAAGCUGUGGGGUGCCUCACACCCCAACGUUGAGCGCAAACUGAGGGAGUUCGCGGCAAUCCUGGGUGCUGUGGGCUUCUCCAGCCACGUCAGUGCAGUUUUACAGGGCGACAUCGAGGCUGUGGAAGAGAUCCUCAGAGUCUUCACUUUUCAGGAGCCGUUGCUCCAGUUUGACCUCGACGAGUGGCAGAGAGAAGAGGACUCGGCGGCUCUAGACUACGCCUCGCGCCGCUGGCCACCACCGGAGGCCGUCACCGUGGUCGACCCGGACGAGCGAAUGGAGCAGUCAAGUUUGAGAGGAGGUUUGGUGGAGAAGGAGAGAGGCCUUCUACACUGGCAGGCCGGCCAGUGCUUGUCCCUGAUGGCGAGCCUUACGCUUCAGGAUGUGAAAAGGGCGCUACUCAAUUGGAGCAAUGUCUUCGUGGUCGCCCUUUGGAUAUCUCAGGCCUGCCUGAGCGUGUCCCACAAGAGAGUCUCCAUCGUUAUGAAAGAGUCUCCUUUCGUGCUGACCAUCUUGCAGCCGGUCUGGAUCGCCGUCGCUUUUGGCAUCGUCUGGGCCGCCAUGUGCUUCCGCAGGCAGGAGAAGGAGGAGUCUGCAGCCACGGACACCGAGGAAGAGCUGAGCGAGAGUGACACUAGCAGCGAGGAGAUCUCAAAGCCGACUUUCCGAGUUUGGCACUCUGCAGUGACGGGCCUUCUCUUUACGACCUACAACUUCCUGGGGUAUAGCGGUGCUCGCGGGCAUCUCGUGUCAGGCCCUCUAAUCCUCCUGAUACAGCAGACGGUUAUACCGCUGACCAUGCUGUUUUCGGUCUGUUUUCUUGGCCGCCGUUACUUCGGCACCCACUUCCUCAGCUGUGCCUUCAUCCUUGCUGGUAUCCUGGCAUCGUUUGUUGGCAAGGAGUGGACGGCGAAGUCCAUUGGUGCUGUCUGCUUGCUCCUGGCGCAGGCGUUUCCGGGGGCUCUGUCGACCGUGUUCAUGGAAUACAAUCUGCAGAGAUCGCAGGUAUCUUUCUGGAAACUCUGGACGUUAAUCAAUAUUUGGGAGGUCGUUGCUUUGCCACCUGUUUGGGUGGCAUCCGUGCCUCUGCAGGGCCUCACGUUUGCGCAGUCGCCACAGAAUCUUUUGGACGGCUUCCAGUGUCUCUUUGCCGGUCGAGGCAGCACCGAGGGCGCGAAUGAUGAAGAGUGUGCGACACUGUCGUACUUGUAUCCCAUCUUCGUGGUCGCGCUCAUCGCCGUGAAGACCUUGCAGGCGGUUGUGAUUGCCAAGUUCUCUUCCGGCCUCCUCUGGGUUGUUGCAGCUGCAGCCGUGCCAUUGGCCUCACAGGCGUUCACUGUGGUUUGGAUCAUGGGACCAUCAAACGUACAGCCACCGCUGUCUGCCUGGAUUUGGCUUGGCACUGCACUUGUGGUUGCUGGCAUGGUCCUAUUCCGUGUGAAGGAGGCCGUGAAGUGA